AGCCUCCUCUCCUCCUCCGCCUGACCGCCGUGUUUACGGUCUCAGACUGACAAGUAGGUCGCAGUCCGGGGGAGCCUUUGUUCGUCUACCGUCGCGGACCCGAUGCUCCCGGCUGCCUGUGGGUUGGUGCUGAUUCCUCCGAGUGAAUGUUUCUCUCAACAGAUGUUUUGUUGACGGCUGAGCUCCUCCCGAUCAGAGCAACUGUCGUCUUCUCCCGCUGAGACCGUGGCAGAGAUGUCCAGGAGAAGCCGUAACAGUCGAGCGUGGCGAUACGUCUGGAGCGACAUCCGGCGGGAUACUGACGCUCGUGCGCUGGUGCUGGCCUCCGAAGGCGAGGAGUGGAACUACAGCCGCCUGGAGUUCAGUGACUCUGACUCGGAGGCGGACUUCUCGCCGGUGAUGGUUCAGCCGGUGCCCAGUGCGGUUCCUGUCACCGGGGAGUCCUACUGCCGCUGCGACUCUCAGGCUGAGACCAGCCACAACACUCGCCUGCGAGGAUUCUACCUGGUGAAGGACUGUCACUGUGGAGAGGACGACCAAGAGUUUGACUGGGUCUGGGAUGUUGGCAGCCGAUCAACGGCGUUGCUGACCUGUGACAAUCGCAAAGUCAACUUCCAUUCAGAGUACAGCUGUGGAACCGCUGCCAUCCGAGGCUCCAAAGAACUGGCCGACGGCCAGCACUUCUGGGAGAUCAAGAUGACGUCGCCGGUGUACGGCACAGACAUGAUGGUUGGAAUCGGAACUUCCGACGUGAACCUGGACAAGUACAGACAUACCUUCUGCAGCCUGCUGGGUAAAGACGCCAACAGCUGGGGGCUGUCCUACACUGGGCUGCUGCAUCACAAAGGAGACAAGAUGAACUUCUCCACUCGCUUUGGACAGGGCUCCAUCAUCGGACUCCAUCUGGACAUGUGGCAUGGCACGCUGACUUUCUUCAAGAACCGCAAGUGUAUCGGCGUCGCUGCCACGGAGCUCCAGAACAAGAGGUUCUACCCGAUGGCCUGUUCCACUGCAGCCAAGAGCAGCAUGAAGGUGAUCCGCUCCUGCUCUGCCCCCACCUCCCUGCUCUACCUCUGCUGCGCUCGCCUCCGCCGGCUGCUGCCUGACUGCAUAGACACACUGGACGUGCUGCCGCUGCCGCCGGGCCUGCGCCAGCUGCUGCACAACAAGCUGGGCUGGGUCCUCAGUCUCAACGGUGGCUUCACAGAAGAGUCUGACCCCGAGCCCUGCUGCCAAGCGCCUCCGCCAGCAGGACCGUCCUCGCCUGGCAGCGACUCGGAGGGCUGCGUGUUGGACCCAGAGGCAGGACGCAGGAAGAGAUGCCGCUGGACGUGACGCAGAGCAGCGCCACGCCAUUGAUUUGAAGGACGUGUUGGGUCGUGGUUCAUCUGCAGCCAAUCGUGAUCCAGACUCAGACCCCAAAUACUGCUAAGCUCAUCAGUAUUGUUUCUUCACAUGUAGUAUGCACAACAAUGUCUUACCUGUUGUACCGUGGGUUUCUGUUGCCAAGCUCUCUGACUCUGUGGAACUGAAUCCACUGCAUCAACACGCGACCCUUGACCCUUCACCCUGGUCCGUCUUCACCCGUCCCUCACCGCUGAGGCUGCCACAGCCACUCGUUACAUGCGUUCAGAUUUCCUCAUACAUUACUGAGGGAAUCUUAUUUGGACUUUUCUCCUCUCCGAGGCAGAGCCCAGUUUCUGUGUUACACCCCCCAGUUCCUCCUGCAGUAGCACUUAGAGCUGAAGACUAUUUAUAAUUAUAAUCCUGUUUGUUGUGUGGCAUUUUGUCUGGAUUCAGCGUCUGCUGACAAUCACAGCACCGUUGGUGGCUGAGCUCAGCUGGAGCUCCGCCUCCCUGCCAGCUCUUCUUCAGAAGUCUUAUUAUGCAAUAAACGUCUUGAUGUGUUCGGGGCAGUCCAGACGUGAGUCCUGGAUCCAGAAGCGCCCAGCUGUUUUCUUUCAUUUCCAAGUGUCACAUUUACAUUGAUGCACUUUUCUAACUGUUGCAGUGUAAAUAGGGGAACUGUGUUUCUUCUAAACCGUGGACUAUUAACACGACGGUGUGCAAAGUCUGUUGCUGCCUUCACACCUGACAGCAUGACUUUCAGCUGAAAAUAAAAUACAGUCUGAAAUAA